GGGUGGCAGCGCUGCCAGUCCCGAGGGGCGAGUAGCGGUGGCGGCGGCGGAGCGUCGGAGGAAGAUGUCGGGCUGCGAGGCUCGCGACGCCAAGAAGCUGGUGCGCUCCCUCAGCGGGCUGCGCAUGGUGCCCGAGCACCGCUCCGCCCGCAGCCCCUUCGGCCUGGACGAGCCGCCCUGGGUGCCCGACAAAGAGUGCCCGAGAUGUAUGCAGUGCGAUACGAAAUUUGACUUCAUCACUAGAAAGCAUCACUGCCGAAGAUGUGGAAAGUGCUUCUGUGACAAGUGCUGCAGUAAAAAAGUGCCUCUGCCUCGCAUGUGCUUUGUGGACCCUGUGCGCCAGUGUGCUGAAUGUGCCCUCAUCUCACAGAAAGAAACAGAGUUCUAUGACAAACAGCUCAAAGUGCUCAUGAAUGGUGCGACGUUCUUUGUAACUCUGGGGACGUCGGACAAAUCGGAGCUCAUGGUCUGCCGGCUCUCCAACAAUCAGAGAUACCUGGUUUUGGAUGGAGACAGCCAUUACGAGAUUGAAAUUGUACAAAUCUCAACUGUUCAGAUACUGACAGAGGGAUUUACUCCUGGAGAAAAAGAUAUUCACACUUACACCAGCCUUCUGGAGAGCCAGCAUAUUACUGAAGGAGGCAAUACCCGUGCCAUAGGUAUGAUUCUGCAGUAUAAAGUACCAGGAGCAGAGGAGCUCACACAGAUGAAAUUCACGGCCAGUGAAGACUUCAGCUCUAACAAGAAGCUGUCAGCAAGCUGGCUGGCAGCUAUGCACAAGGCAACAAAACUUCUUUAUGAGUCUCGGGACCAGUAAGAAAUGAGCAAACUGCCUGGGAGCAGCCACCAGCCUCGGAGGACCUGCAUCUCACCUUGUGCUAGUCUGACAACUGGUUAACACUUUCUCUUGACUUUUUCUCAUUCCAGUGUGGUUCAUUAUGUAAGAACUGGCACAUACAAUGUAUUUCUGUUUUGAACCAUGAGUAUUCACUAUAGCGUGCAAUAUGUAUACAAUUAAUGCUUUAAACAGUCUCACCUUUUAAGACUUUGUAUAUUUUGUUAAACCUUUAUUGCCUUUAUUGGCACUUAAUAUGAAAUAUGAAAGUGACCUGCACUACAGCUAAUGUACAGCACAACUUUUGUAGUAACAAUUAUAUAUACUGUUUGCCACAGAAAGCAAACAAAGGUGUAUGUCUCUUCUGCAGAGAAUAGCUUUUGGGUAUAGAUCUCAGGUUUUUCCCUCUAUCCAAAUGUUUAAAAUCAGUGUACAAUAAAAUCUGCCUUAGAUGUGGUUUUACAGAAUCCACUUGAUUUUUUUCUUAACAUAUUUCACCAAAUAUCACCAAAUUGGAAUUACAUGACCUUGAAACUUCCCUUCUGUAAUAACAAAGCUUCCAGAAUAAUUUUUAGUUUUGUAUUUUCUUUUUGGAAACUAGCUUUUGUUAAUCUAACUGUAAUGCUGUCUGGAAUUGUAUACAUUUUACUGUACAAAUAUGAAUAAAUUAAUUCACUUAUUUAAACAGGAGGUGCUGCUUACUUUCACAACGUACUGUUGUGCUACCGUCUGAAUGCAGGACCCUCAUUUCAGUUUUAAGCCUUGUUAAUUUGCUCAAUCCUCUGACUAAACCUCCUGCAGCCAACGUCUUUCUCCUUCCACUGUCCUAGACUGGUAAAAAUUGAGUGAGCAAACACAAGAGGCUCAGCUUUAAGUGUAAAAGACCCUUCAGAGCUUUUGUAGCCAGGUACGAAGUUGUUGCAGUUGGAAUACCAGAGCUCAGUGUCAGGUGGUUCAAAAUGGACACGGCAGUCGUUCUCUGUACACCGGGUACAACAGUGAGGAAGCCUCAGUCAACAGCCAGCUGGUCUUUGGUCUUUCCUGCUGACUGAGGAAAGGCACACCUACAGGUGCCACGUGGAUAAAGGUCAGGGAGAAUGCAGCCAGCGCCUUAGCAGUACUUUAUUGUGCACAGGUACAUUUUCUCUGCAUUAGUGUAUCGGAGGCUCUUGAAUCAUGACAUUCAUGUAGCAAAUUCUUCAACAAUAAUACCCUUUCACUUUUCACCACAAUAUAUACAGUUAAUGCUGACCUGUGGUAAAAGCAAGUUACAGCACUGCAGAGAUGGAUAUAUAAAUUAUACACAGAACUUGUACAUGAGGAAUUAAUCAAAUUGCAUACUGUUUAAUGGGAGAAAAUUACAAGAAAUAUGGCUACAACUUAACUUAUAAUGGGAAAUUCAAAAUAUACUUUUGGUAUAUAAAAUCAUGUACAAUUAAAAUUCCAGUGAAGUGCUUUUUUUUUCCUUUUUUUCUUUUUUUUUUUUUUUU